AUGAUCCCCUUCCCUCUAGGUGAGCUGGACCCGAACGUGGUGAACAGCCAGGCUGUCCAGCUGGACUAUAUCAACUCCUCCUACACGCGGGGGCACCUCAACCCCAGCCUUCACCACCGGACCUACGAGGACCGCUCGUCCACCUUCACCCUGACCAACGUGGUCCCUCAGAAGGUCGGCUCCAACGACGGGCCCUGGGCGACACUGGAGAAACAGGUCAACCAAACUCUGGGGUCCUACUGCCUCGGUGUGGCCUAUGUUGUGACAGGGGUUAUUCCCUACCAGGACAACAAGCACUGGAUCAAGGGUCAUCGAGUGGCGGUGCCGGAGUACCUGUGGUCAGCCUACUGCUGCCCUAAGUACAACGAGAGUCUACUUAACAAGGUUCAUCUUAGCAAGGUUUUCCCCACGUAUGCUGCUAUUGGACGCAACGACCCUAACAGCACAGAAGAGAUUGUGCCCAUUGUCAAAAGCAGUCACAAAAAGUUCUGGGGUUACGAUGUAAGGCGUAUGCCUCUGGAUACGUUGGAGAUGUACCUGAAGGAGCGAUUGGGGACCGUCAUCAGUGUGUUCUAUGAAAAAUGCUCUGGUUUACGAUGA